AUGACGGUUCAUCAAGAGAAUCGGCCUUGGCAGGAGAUUGCUCAGGAAGUCCAGGCGGCGCGCGAUGAGUCCAUUGCCCAAGUCGAGCCCCAACCUUCACUGCCAGAGUCCCUCCCGAGUCGGGUGAUUGAGGUCCCUCGACAAUGUCUCUCCCCCGCCGAGGUGGCCAUCACCGAGCGCUCUGCAGAGGCCCUGGUGGAAUCGCUCGCAGCGGGCAAGCUGACUGCAACCGCCGUCACCAAGGCGUUCCUGCGGCGCGCCGUAAUUGCGCAGAAGCUAACGAAUUGUAUAUAUGAACUGCUUCCGGCCCGAGCACUUGCCCGCGCCCAGGAACUGGACGACUAUUUUGCUACCCACGGGAAGCCUUUAGGCCCCCUUCAUGGGUUGCCGAUCAGUACCAAGGCCCAUGUCGGCAUUGCCGGACGAGACAGCAGCUCGGGGUUCGUUGGCUGGGUGGGCAGAAAGAAUGCCGACGAUGCGAGCGCCGUUAAGAUCUUGCUAAAUGCGGGUGCGGUGAUGUAUGCCCGAACUACUGAACCGCAAGGGCUGAUGGCCAUUGAGACAUGCAAUAACAUUAUGGGGGUCACGGUCAACCCGCAUAAUACGGCGCUUUCUUCUGGAGGGUCUUCCGGAGGCGAGUCGGCGUUACAGGCCCUGCAUGGUAGUCCGCUGGGUAUUGCAUCUGAUAUAGGAGGCAGUAUCCGCGUACCAGCAGCAAACUGCGGCCUCUACGGCCUGAAACCAACAACAGGACGACUCCCACUCCUCGGACUCUCAGCAUACGUCCUGGGCUGUGAAACCAUCCUCCCCACAAUCGGACCCCUCUCACCAACCCCCGGAGCCCUAAACCUCUUCAUGAAAACCAUCCUAGAAUCGCAACCCUGGCUCAACGAUCCAUCCCUGCACCCGAUCCCAUGGCGCGACCAAGAAACGCACAUCCACAAAAACGGCAAGAACCUCACCGUUGGCGUGAUGUGGACCGACGGCGUGGUAACCCCGGCGCCGGCGGUAACGCGGGCACUGCGCGAGGUUGUCGAGCGUCUAAAGAUCGUGCCGGGGGUGGAGGUUAUUGAGUGGGAGCCGUUUCAGCAGAAAGAGGCAUUGGAGAUUCUUACAAAGCUCUAUAACCCCGAUGGCGGCGAGGCAUUUGCCCGCAACCUCGCCCUUUCUGGGGAGCCCUAUAUGUCCUUGACAGAAUGGUCGGCACGGGAUACGCCGGGGAUCGAGAAUCUCAGUCACCAGGGCGUGUGGGACUGGACGAUGAAGCGGGAGAUCUUCCGCUACACAUAUCUACAAGAAUGGAACUCCAAAGCACCAAUCAUGGACGUAAUCCUCGCUCCCUCCAGCCCAACCCCAGCACCGCAGCUCCACACCUCUCGCUACUGGGGGUAUACCUCGCUGUGGAAUCUGUUAGAUUACCCGGCGAUGGUAUUCCCCGUCACUAAGAUCGAUGCUGAGCGCGACGCGAGGGACGCGGCAUAUGAGCCCCGGAACGACUUUGAUCGCUGGGCACAUGAGCAUUAUGAUGCGGACAAGCAGCGGGAUGCGCCCGUUACGUUGCAGCUUGUGGCGAAGAGGUUGGAGGAGGAGAAGCUGUUGCAGGCGUUCAAGGAGAUUAAGGAGAAGGUUGGGUUGCCGUUUGUGGAUUGUUUGGCUUGA